AGGGUGGGGGGGGGGGGGGUGGUUAAAGAAAUAAAAUAACGAUUUCCAAAUACUCUGUGUCUUCUUCCAACCGUACUCUCUCUCUCUCUCUCUAUGUUUUUUUCGGCUCAAUUACAAUUUUUACUCUCUGUAAUUGUCAUUGAACUAAUGAUAUUACACACUAUUUGAUUAAGAGCAAUUUAGCUUAGAACAAUUAGAAUUAUAGCCAUGGGUGUCCUCAUGUGGCCACAUAUUUGGAUUGGCACACGAAUGAAGAAAAACAAAUAAGAGAACCAACAAAAGAAGCGCAAACACUUUUUAAAUGAUUCAGGUCAUAUAUAUGUGUGUUUGCCCAUUCAAUAAUUGCGAGAAUACAACAAAAGUGAACGAUGUGUUGAACACACACAAAUAGACACCAGGCUUGUUCAAUUGCCUUGAAGUGGCACGUACGACCGUUAACCCUCUAGUUCGCAAGACCGCCAAAAGGCGGGGUGCAUAAAUUGGGUCAUAACUUGAGUACCACAUUCUAAAUUGAUAAAAUAUAGUGGCAUUGCAUUGGGCAGGUUCUCAACUUUAAAUUGAUAUAUUACUUUAUCAGUCUAAGGCAUGCUGGUGUCGAGCUAUACGCCCUCAAAGUCGAAAAAAUGCCAAUCCCACCUAAAGGCGGUGUUGCGAAGUAAAGAAUUUGUUUCCGUUUUUUUCGGCUAAAACCUAACAUAUCUAUAGUAUUCGCAACUCUGGAAAGAAAAAAUGGCGGAGUAGAGGGUUAAGCCAAGGCUUGCCGAUUAAUAACUGACAACACCUGUAAUAAUCGCAUCAAGUCCGUCAUCAUGCGGACAACCGACAAAAAUCAUUUGAACUGGGAGAUUAGUGUAGAUUUCCGAAUCCAAAGUCCAACUUCCAACUAUCGAAAUCGGUUUUAUUGUUGUUAUGAAUGUUUGCCAAAGCAAUGAAAAUUCAACUAGCCUGACAUGAUAUAAUCGAUUAAAUUUUCAAGAUUUAAGUACACGACAUACGGUAUAGACGGGUAUCAAUUGAAAUGGUUAAUUGAAUUAUUUGCCCGCAGAAUACAUGUCAUUAUAGUCUCGACAAUGAUAGACCCCAACUAUUUUUGACUAUAAACGAACGGCGCGCGUGAGACAGAGCGAAAGAGGAUUUAACAGAUUCUAACGUGGUCGCGACACCACAUAAAUAGUGUGCUUGCACUUGCAUUCCAAAAAACACACAUCGUUUGCAUAGUUGAUAUAUUUAUCCGAUUUUCAUCAAUUUCACGUAUGAACAUAUCGAACGCACACGUUUCACCGCGAAUGUCUGUGGGUGUGGGUGUGUGUGCAUGUGUACAGGCGACAAGGAAAAGAGUGAGAACGAUGUUAGCCAAAACCAAUGCUUUGAUACGAUACAAAACGCAUGCCAAUCGAAUCGACAACGAGGAUAACGAAGAGGAACAACAACGAAAAAAAAAACAAGAACAUACAUAUAAUAACUGACUAGAGAAGAGAAAAAAAAACAACAUCAACCACAGUGGUUAUUUUUCCAUUAGGUUGUAUUGGUCAUCGGCAAUUGUACGACAACACACCACAUUGAUGAAUCCGAUUCUCAAUAGUCACGCUAUAUACGAAUCUUUCAGCUUUUUGUUGUAAAUUAUUUAUUAAAGCAUUAAUUAUUAAAUCGAAAACCGUUAGCAUUUGUUCAAUACAUGCAUACAAACCGAUAACUGACAGAGAGACAGAGAGAGAGCCUUUGUUCGUAAACUUCUUUUCACAUGCAUAUCAGUCGAAUUUUUUGAAAAUUCGAAACAACAUAUACACCAGUUCCAUGUGCAAGAGGCACAACGGCGUUCGUUGUCUGCAUGGAUAUCAUUACAGUUAUAGUUUCUUUUUUUUUGUUUCCUAUUUAUUUUCAUCAAGUCACAUUGACGAACAAUUGAAUCAGAAAUCAAUUACUAAAUUAUAAUAAGAACAAAAGGCAGAUCAAAAAAAAAAUAUCGAUUUCGAACAAGAUAAAUAGACCUAACAUGGUUUGAUUUAAAUUGUAGUAGAGUAUUUGUUGUAUUUAUUUUUUGAACGAGGUACGAGGGAAUUAUUCCAACCACUUUUGCUGAUUAAAUGCAGUGCAAUAGAGGAAAAGCUGUUUGCGAUCAAAUCAGAGCAAUGGAUUGGUGAAAGAUAGAAGAAAAGUGUGCAACGGCAAUUCAAAAAUUUCAAAUUCAAUGCACCUACCUGCAUUCUUCGUUUGUGUCUUUUGAUCAGAAAAAACAGUUUAAAUUUUGUAAGUUGUUGCCAAUUGUUUUCUGUUUGUUAUAGUUGCCAUCCAAAAUGGAUGAAGGAAGCAAAGCUGAUCGGAAAAGCUUUAAUGAUCAAAGUGUGGACAAUCGAUUGACGAAUGAACACGUUGUGGAUGAGUGGACCAAGAAGGCGGGAAACAGUGUGAAAAGCACCAAUUUACUUGCACAAAGUGAAUCAAGUGAUGACAAUGAAACAAACUCGAUGCGGAUAAUAUUGCCCGUUUUUAUCGAAAACGAACAAAAGUAUGCGCAACAUGAUCGAAUGCGGAAAAUUCAAAGCAGUCCAGCAAAGUCAACGCAUCGGUUUUAUCAGGAUCCAUGUUCUGUGGAACGUCAACUGCACGCUCAAUUGAAUAAUCAGAAUAUUAGGCAUAAAUUCGAUAACAUAAGAUCAAUAAGUGCACAUAACAAGAGUUUGGUUCAGGUUCGAUCAACAACUAUGGAUACGUCAGUGAAUAUGGAUCAAGUGAAAAGCAACAGUGAUGUCAAAGCAGAUAUGACGUCGGACGAUGUCACGCACUCCAAUGAUAUUGUGAAUAGUCCGAACUUUCUUCGCAUCCCAUUGAAACCCAUUGAACAACGGCCAGCCGAUGAGCUUAUCAAUGAAAAAAGUGAUGUUUUUGGGCCAACGGUUAAAACGGAAAAUAUACCUGGCACACCGAUGGAAUCAGUGGAUGCGCUAGUCGGAGAUUCCAUUGACAGUGAAAAUGAUGUUACACCGAAUUCGAGUAUAGUCAACGAAAUGCCAGUAAUAAAUCGAAAUCAACACUCGAUUUCGAAUCAUUCAUCAGCUCAAACUACAUUUAUAAAUCACGAGCGAAAGCCCUCCAUUGCGAAUAUAGCCAAGGAACUUUCCAAUAACGAGAACCUAUUUAGUCGAUCUAGUUUUUCCUCCAACGAAGACGGUUCCAAUAAACGACCGCAGAAGCAAGAGGACCAAGAUCCUGAAAGUUUGAUGUUUCGCGAUGGAAGGCGUAAAAUUGAUAUGAUUCUAUGUUACGAGGAGGAAAGCGAAGGCGUUAUGACUGAGUUGGAGGCAAAACGACGCGAAGCACGAAAUGCGUUUUUAGAUAAUCUCGUCAAGGAUGGGCUUGAACUGGAAAUCGAGGACAAAUCCGAAUCAUUCGAUGAGAAAACUUGCUUUGUGAAGAUCCAUUUGCCGAGGCGAUCGGAAAUUAGAUAUGCCGAAGUGUUAAACUUAAAAUUACCGGUGAAACGCUUUAUAACCAUCAGUGUCAAGGCAUGGGACGAUGAGAAAAAGUCGGUGUUAGAUACGAGUUUUUGGCGAUCGUUCGUAAACUACUUUCGAAAAAUAAACGCGUAUCAUGAGCUAAUCGCUGAUGGUGAAGCAACUUUUUCAAAUGCCAAUGCGAAUGGAAAUCCGAAUGAACAAUUUAUCGUAAAAGACCGAUGCACAAGCUAUUGCAGUUCCCAACGCAGUCUGAUGGUGAUGCAAGUACUACUACGUACCAAAUACGAUGAUUCAGAGAAGGUUGGGAUUCGACGGCUGCUCGCUGAUGGCACAUUUCUAGCAUGCUUCCCACUGCACGAAGGUCGAUACGAUAGGCCACAUUCGUCUGGUUCUGUCUACGACAGAAGACUGUUGUAUUUGACAUGGGCCCGGCCAAAUUGUUGGUACAAAAAGCAACCGUUGUGCUUGGUUCGACGAUAUUUUGGUGAUAAAAUUGCGCUCUAUUUCUGUUGGCUCGGUUUCUAUACGAACAUGCUGAUCUAUCCGGCAAUCGUUGGUGCAAUUUGUUUUCUCUACGGCAUCAUUACGAUUGAGUCAAACGACAAUAUACCGAGCAAAGAGAUUUGUAAUAUUACCGGACCGGGGAGCAUCACGUUGUGCCCGUUAUGUGAUAAAGCAUGCGAAUAUCAAAAACUGCACGAUUCAUGCUUAUUUUCUAGAAUUACUUACCUGUUUGACAAUCCUUCAACCGUAUUUUUUGCAAUAUUCAUGUCGUUUUGGGCGACGACUUUUCUUGAAAUGUGGAAACGCAAGCAGGCCCUCAUCGUUUGGGAAUGGGACCUGCAAAACAUUGAAGAAGACGAAGAAAAUCGACCCGAAUUCGAAGCCACCGCAAAGACUUUUCGCACGAAUCCAGUGACAAAAGAACGUGAACCAUACAUUCCAACGUGGACCAAGAUCUACCGUUACUUUGUGACUGCUAGCGUUGUCACUCUAAUGAUUUUAGUGGUGUUGGCAGCUGUACUGGGAACAAUCAUCUAUCGUAUUUCGGUUGUAUCGGCUGUUUAUAGCGGUUCGGGUGGUUUUUUGCGAAAACAUGCCAAAAUAUUUACAACAAUCACUGCUGCAACUAUCAACUUGAUAAUCAUCAUGAUAUUGACACGGAUUUACCAUAAAGUGGCUGUUCGAUUGACAAAUAUGGAAAAUCCUCGUACACAUACCGAAUAUGAGGACUCGUUUACGUUCAAAAUUUUCUUUUUUGAGUUUAUGAAUUACUACAGUUCGUUGAUUUACAUCGCAUUUUUCAAGGGACGAUUCUAUGAGCAUCCGGGCGAUCGUGUGGUGCGUCGAAGUGAAUUUUAUCGUUUAAAAGGUGAUAUUUGUGAUCCGGCCGGAUGUCUCAGUGAGCUGUGUAUUCAAUUGGCCAUCAUCAUGGUGGGAAAGCAAAUUUGGGGCAAUUGCAUGGAAUACGUGUUCCCGAAAAUGUAUAAUUGGUGGCGUCAACGCAAGCACAAAAAGCAGACAAAAGACGAGCAGCAUUUACACAUGGCGUGGGAAGAAGACUAUCACAUGCAAGACCCUGGUCGAUUGUCACUGUUCGACGAGUAUUUAGAAAUGAUAUUGCAAUAUGGAUUUGUAACAUUGUUUGUGGCUGCAUUCCCAUUGGCUCCAUUCUUUGCGUUGCUCAACAACAUCGCGGAGAUUCGCAUUGAUGCAUUCAAAAUGGUGGCACAAGCUCGGCGACCGUUGGCUGAACGUGCUGAGGACAUUGGUGCAUGGUUUGGUGUUUUACGAAUGCUUACCUACGCUGCCGUUGUUUCAAAUGCCUUUGUAAUCGCUUAUACCAGCGACUAUAUACCUAGGAUGGUUUACAAAUAUGUCUACUCAGCGGAUUCAUCGUUAUGGGGAUAUAUUGACCAUUCUUUGUCAGAAUUCAACACAUCCCACUAUAGACCAGAGUGGAGGCCAAUCGCCACCGAAGAUCAUGAUAUAUGCCAGUAUCGUGGCUAUCGGAACCCACCAAAUAUCACCUUACCGAUCGAAGAGAACUACGGAUACAGUCCGCAUUACUGGCAUGUUUUUGCUGCUCGUCUUGCAUUUGUUGUUGUGUUUGAACAUAUUGUGUUCAUAAUAACCGGGCUGAUGCAGUUCGUAAUACCAGACAUUCCGGUUGAGGUGAAAACGCAAAUGUCACGUGAAGCGUUGCUGGCAAAAGAGGCCAAAUAUCAGACUGGAUUGAAAAAAUCGCAGGAACAAAUCGACUACAACGAUGUGUUACAAUCAAUGCAAAACUUUCAAAAUCACACAUCAACCCGUCAAGGGCUAUUGCGUGGAAGCUGGGCGAGACGGUUGAGUCGAGUGAGUGACGGUUUGGAUGCUCAUGUUGAAAUUGCUGCAAAGCCAAGACCAAAACGAAAGCUAAACUCCGUUUUAUGGGAGGUUACAUAGUAGACGGAUUGAACAGCAUAGAUGAAAAGCAGCGAGAACACAGAGGAGAAGAAAACAACAACAAUAACAUCGUUCUAAUUACAUAUCGUAUUUAUUUUAUUGUGUCAAAUAUAAACAGAAGGACGAACAAAUUGUAUUAGACCAGGAAAAACAGAAACAAAACUUUUUCUGAAUCGGAAUGAUGUGAAACAUUUCGAUAUUAUGCUAUUUAUAUUUCUUAUUUACUUGUUUUAUCAAUUUCUAUAUCGUUGUUAGACUGUUUACAAAUCAAAUCAAAUCAAACCAAACCAAACCAAAAAAAAAUGUUUAUUCGAAUCACAAAAUGUUAUCAAAAUGAAACACACUAGGUUUUAAUUCUGUUAUUGGACAAAUUCAGACAGAGAACAAUAAAAUUCACUAUUGAAAUAA